GAACAUCAGGCCCGCAGCAGCCGCCUGCCUGCCUGGGGGAGGGAGCACUAUGAUAGCAGUAGCACAGGUGGAACGUGACAGCGCGAAAAAUAUUUUUUGUGGAGUACUAGUGCUGAAAGUUCACCCUGCUGGCUUGCCAAGAGGUCUGGGAAAUACGGUAACGAAAGAGUUUCUCACUGCUAAAAAAACCCCUACAAUGGGGAGUACAGUAUCGGUCACUUUCUUUGUGUUGUUUUCCAUACUACUGUGUGAAAGCUAUCAUCCUGGAGUGGAGACGGCUACUGUUGUGCAUGCAUCAGAGAGAACUUUCCAAGAAAAGGCAGCUGGCAUUAAUACUGAUUUGGCAGGAUUAAUACAGAAGUUUCACCUUCAAGAACUUUUUCAUCGUUAUGGAGAAAACAACUCCCUGUCGAUUGAAGGGUUUAGAAAACUGCUCCAGAACAUAGGUAUAGAUAAAAUGAAAAGGAUUAAAAUAGACCAUGAUCAUGACCAUGACCAUCACCUUCAUCAUAAUCAUUUUUCAUUGAGUAAAAACUCUGAAAAGACUGUUUGUCCAAACCACGAAUCUGAUGCUAACAAAGAUCACAGGAACAGUCACUCAAAGGAAUCUUAUAAAGUAGAGAACGUAGAACAUCAGCAGAACUUUGUACGCAUCAAGAACACCGUUAAUGAAAUAACUGCAUCUGUCAUCAGUGCUCCCACAGAUGGCCGCUCUGAAUUGCAGAAUGUGCAACCUGGAGAAGUCAAGCUGGUUGCUCGUUUAGGUUUGACCAGCGCGAAUGUUGUUAACGUUACAGGUGGCAGCAAUGCCAGCUGGCUUGCUAGCAGCAAAGCAAAUCAGUCUCAUACUUCUCUGAAGGAAUCAGAAAGAGGAAGUUACCUGUACUCUAAACUGAAAACCCAAAAUACCCAAGAGUGCUCCAGUGCGUCGAAACUGAUGCAGUCCCAUGGAAUAGGUACUCAAGUAUUGUUAACUGCUAGAGAAUUUAGUUACCUCUGUCCAGCUCUCAUUAACCAGAUCGAUGGCAAACACUGCAUAGUCCAUGCAACUAGUGAAAAAGCUGAAACGCCUCCAAAAAGUUACUCUCUGCAAAUAGCUUGGAUUGGUGGCUUUAUAUCCAUCUCUGUCAUCAGUUUUCUUUCCUUAUUGGGUGUUAUAUUGGUACCACUGAUGAAUCGCGUAUUUUUCAAAUUUCUUCUAAGUUUUCUUGUGGCACUGGCUGUGGGGACUUUGAGUGGAGAUGCUUUCUUACAUCUCCUUCCACAUUCUCAUGGAAACCAUCACCACCACCAUGAAAAACCUCUACUUGAACAAAAUAAAAGCUCUACAUUCAAACAUCUUGUUUUUCAAAGUACAGAGGAGAGUGCUUACCUGGAUUCUACAUGGAAGGGACUUACAGCACUUGGAGGCUUAUAUUUCAUGUUUCUUGUGGAGCAUUUGAUCACUUUAAUAAAGCAGUUUAAAGACAAGAAGAAAAAGAAAAAGAAUGAAGAGGAUGGAGAAAGUAAGAAGUUCUCAGCGAAUGAAGAAAAGUUAGAUACAGAUGAUCGGCCUGAGGGCUAUCUAGGGACAGACUCCCAAGAUCCAUCAGCCUUCAUUUCUCAGCAGCCAGCCGUACAAGAAGAAGAAGAAGUGAUGAUAGCUCAUUCUCAUCCAGAGGAGGUUGACAAUGAAUAUGUGUCCAGGGGCUGUAGAAACAAGUGUCAUUCUCACUUACACGAUACUCUAGGACAGACAGAUCAUCUUAGUCAUCAUCACCAUGACUACCAUCAUAUUCUGCAUCACCAUCAUCAUCAGAACCAUCAUCCCCACAGUCACAGUCAGCGCUACUCACGUGAAGAACUGAAGGAUGCGGGGAUAGCAACUCUGGCGUGGAUGGUGAUUAUGGGAGACGGACUACACAAUUUUAGUGAUGGCCUAGCAAUUGGAGCAGCCUUUACUGAAGGGUUAUCUAGUGGUUUAAGCACUUCUGUGGCUGUAUUUUGCCAUGAAUUACCUCAUGAACUAGGAGAUUUUGCUGUACUUCUAAAAGCUGGUAUGACUGUCAAGCAAGCCGUGCUGUAUAACGCACUGUCAGCUAUGCUGGCCUAUCUUGGAAUGGCGACUGGGAUUCUUAUCGGUCAUUAUGCAGACAACGUUUCAAUGUGGAUAUUUGCGCUUACUGCUGGCUUGUUCAUGUAUGUGGCUCUUGUGGACAUGGUGCCUGAAAUGCUCCACAAUGAUGCCAGCGAUCGUGGAUGUAGCCGCUGGGGAUACUUCCUGUUACAGAAUGCUGGGAUUCUGUUGGGUUUUGGGAUAAUGCUGCUUAUCUCUGUAUUUGAACAUAAGAUUGUGUUCAGCAUAAACCUGUAAUCCUGGUUGCCAGGAAGAGAGCUUGGUGUUAAGUUAUAAGAGGUAGUUUUUUCCUAUUAAAUUCCCUAAUGGGGAGGUACGUUUGAUAUAGACUAGGUAUUCUUAUUGAUGUGCUUUGUUGUUGUGUCCCUCCCUUCUCCCUCUGGUAGAAAUGAACACUGUAAGGUGUUGGGUUGUGGGGUUUUUUCCCACUUAGGAUUUAGCAUUGCAAUAUGGUACUGUGGAAAAUUGUACUUAGUAAAACACGGUGAAAGUGCCAAGUCUAUUAAAGGAAUAUUGUCUGGGGGGUAGGGGGGUGGGUUUUUUUUUUAGUAAAUCUAUUUACUGUAUGUAAUUAUAUGUAACAGGUUUUUUUACUUAAGUGGUUUUGCUUGUUUAAAGAAAUAAAAUUAGAGUGGUUUUUAUUUUAGUACAAUCAAAAUCAGUGGAUACAAAGCACACUGAGCAGUGUAAAACGAGAAAAAGACAUAAUGGGUAGCACGUGUUUUUGUUGGUAGAAACUCAUCUCUUUGUAUCCACCUACUUUACAUGGAAUGGCAGAUGAAUCCGCUCAUUUUGUGGUGGUUCUUCUCUUAACAGAUUGUGGAUUCUUUGUGUCUUAUUCCAGUUGGUUUAUACUCCAAACAAAUUCUGGUGAAGUCCCAUUUUAAGUGUUUGCACCAAAUGUUUUACUUGUUUCGUCCCUUCUGAUGUGAGUUGCUCUUGACCAAUUUCUCAAAUCAGCAACAAACGUACAGAGAUUAGACUGCAAAAGCAUAGCUCUAGCUCUAAUAUACAUGAAUUUUAUCAAAGACUUGAAAAGUAGUGCUGUAUCCCACUUAUGCUGCCUGAAAUGGCAAAGGUGUAUUGAAGUCUGUUUGAUAUCAAGGGGAGGAGUGAUACAGGCUGAAACAAACAGUCAUUUACUACAACAGCUUCCUUAAGUGUUGAUUUACUUUGAGAAACAUGCUGAGUGGGACAGCUGACUACACACAAACCUGCGCUUGCAAAACAGCUCCAUUCCUUGCAACAACUAAACCUGAGAAAUCAAAAAUAGCCCACUUUGACAGCAUAUGUAGGGAAGCAGCAUGUUAAGGAUAACUGUAAGUGUACACAUAAGUAUGUAGUUGGAGCUUGCAGUCCUAAUAUUUAACCACUCUGAAAGUAACUGAAGGAAGGAGAAGGAUGAAAAAGAUAAUGCCAAAAUAAAUAAAUUCUGAAUUUGCAGGGAAGGUAAACACUAGACAACUUUUAGAUCAUGAAUAAAUUAUGGAAUUAUGCCAUCUUAACUAGUUAGCUUUAAAAAUCCUAGAAAUAUAAUUAGAAUAUAUUUCUAAUUCAACUUUACUGCUGCUUCAAAUCAUCAGCUGAACAAAAAGCUUGAACAAUGAGGAAGUGUUUGAUAGUGCCAUGUCUGACAGGUUAAAACAGUGGCAUAUGUUGGCUUGUCAUAAAAGGAAAGCAAAAACUACUCUAUCACCUUCAGAAGUUGAUGUUUAGAAUUAAUUGAGAGGUUUUGGAGGUUUUUUUUUACUAGUUAAGAAAUGAGGAUUGCUGGAGUUUCUAUAGCCAGUGGAGUAUUAGCUUUUUCUUCCUCCUUAGGUCUUUCCUGAAGUUAACAGGAUUGAGAUUUAAUCUCCUGCCCGCAGCAGUGAACUCCUGUUCCCUGCCGCCUUUGAAGUCAGGGGCUAGAGAAAGGCAUACUUCCUUCAGCCCUGCUGAUGCAUCCUCAGGGAAGCACUAAACUGUGGUGGGGUCUUGCCAGCUCCCCCAGAUCUGCACGUGGAUGAAUCUGUGUAUCUCUUGGCUUGGUGAGCAGUUGUUUGAAGAGAACAGACUUGUGUUUUGGAAGCACUCAUUUUCCUCCCCCAGAAUUUAACUUUCUGUUGCUGGACGCUGCUCUGGUGCUGCGCUUUCAUCUCUUUAACAAGAACAGUGACAAAAUACAGGUGCAUUCCCUCCAUCAAGUACUUUAAAUUUUGUGUGUCUGUUAUUCUAUGCUAUUGCAUUUUGAUUAAGCUUCUGGACUUUUACAACUUGGAGCACAAGGGUGAUGCCACAGGACAAUGGCUGUCUGCUACGUUUUUAUAGCAUCUCCUUAAUCACCCACCCAUCCUUACUCUUUUUACUAUUUUAUUUUUUUUCCUUAUGGCAGUCAUAUUCUAGUGUUCCCAAACUUGAAUUAGUAGUAUGUGCAAAUAGGAUGAAAAAAGGAUUUAUAACUACCUAUUGCUUCCGUAUGUUCUGUGCUCUUAAACUGUUAGCUUAUUUGAACUCUCUGAAGACACAGUAACUUCUGUUUUUUCAUCUAAACUCUUACAAUACUUCUGCCCUCACUGUGCUAUGUUAAUUUCUUUACUUUGUUGUAGCUAAACUGCCUAUAAAUAACCCACCUGCUGAUCUUCAUCUUUCCUUUGCUACCUGUAAUGCUUGAAUACCAUAAUCUUUGGCUCCUUGAAAGCUAUUUCAUUUCUGGCACAUACACAUCGCUGCUUUUUAUUUUAGCAGAACCGCCAUGCUGAGACACAGACACACACACUCUAGACACACACACAGACUCUCUCUCUCACUCUAAACCUGCCAAAAUGGAAUUUUUCAUGCCUAUACUGACCUCCCGUCUUGGCAGUCCUGCCUCAUUCCAGGUUUCUCAAAACGUGGCUGCUUUUCCUCUGGCUGUCUCAUCCUGAUGUCUCCUUAUUGCAGUUGAACGUGUCAACAUUUAGAGUGCUCUGAUUUGGCCCUGACCUGUCUAAAUGAGUCUUGCCUUUGCUAGGAUAACGGUGCUGGUGGCAUCAGAGCCGGUGUGCUUCAGUUCGUGUUCCUGUACAGCUGCUCAGGAGCACGAUACAUUCCUAGGCCAAAAGAAGUAAGACUUCUUCCCUCCUUCCCUCCAGACCUCUUACCACAGCUCUGCUCUGCUGAAACGCAACCUCACUGCAUCCUAGCGGGUUUGGUAGGGCUUGGGCACUGUUUACCCCAGUGGUGUGGUAAACCACCAUACAUCAGCGUGCUUUAGCCUGUGGGUCUUCUGCCUUCUGUCCUGCUCCCUCUCUUCGGUCAUGAGGGAUUUUGGACUUGGAUGAGCUCAGUUCACUUUGAAUUUUUUGCUGGUGGUUUGUUAGCCUACAACCUCGAUAGCUGGCAGUUCAGCUGCGCUUGCAUUGUUUGUUUCCUGGGUGUGACAGAGGAAGCGGGCGUGUAGCCUCGUGGUGCCCAGGAGAUUUUAAGAUCAGUAACCAAAUGACAGAGAUAAAUCUACAAAUUUCAGUUUGUGUUUCUAGUGGCUUCUUGGCUGGCUUUUGAUGUAAUCAUCUGACGUUAAAAUAUCUACAUAGCAAAACAUAUUGCUAAUGUAACAACAUGCAAAAUAAAUUGCCUUUAGAGCACGUGGGCAGAAAUGGCUCGAUACGUUGGACACAGGCAUAUCCCACCCAUUCAGUGUUCUUCGGUCUGUGAUGGAGAGAUGUCUGUGGUGGGCAGCUGUCCAGACUAGUGGCUGAGAAGACUGUAGUCUGAAACCUGCUGUAGGUUUGUACCGGCAAGUUGACAAGAGUUUGUUGGGUUUUUGUUUUGUUGGGUUUUUGUUGGUUUUUUUUUUCCUUAGCCUUAUAAAGUAGAGUCUGUUUCUAUUGCAACAUACUCGCGUUCAAAAUACUUUGCCAAAGCGAUGGGGCAGAGCCUCUAAGCAGCUUUUUAUGUGUAUAUUUUUCUGCAGCAGUUUGUAAUGUGCCUGGCCAUGCCAGCUGAUAAAUGGAAGUGUCUCUGUUUUGUGUAUCCAUCUGUACCUUUAUUAUGAUACAGACCUUAAUGUUACAGCCGCCUUAGUGCCUGUGCUAAAUGCAGGUGAACAGAACAGGCAAACAAUGCUGGAAUCAAAGUUACAUUUUUUGUCAUGUGUUCUUCUAAUGGUUUUGGCCUGAAUUUGUACAGAAAAGGGGUUGUGCGUCCUUAUGAUGUGUGGCGAGAGUUGGAGUGGAGCUGUGGAGGUUCUCCCCUGCCUGGCCAGUGAGGAUUGGGUGCCGGUGGGGUUUCUCUGUUCCUUCAUGGCCGGGACACCGAGGGUGGUGCCAGAUGUGCUGUGGGAAUGCAGCUCCAGCAGGCUUAAAUCAAACAGUCAAGGCUAAAAUGGAAUUCACUGGACUCAAGAGACCAGCAUAAAUAAAAUUUCAGUGGAAAAAGGGUGUCAUUGUGUUUGCCACAAACAAGAAACAAAAAGAUGUUUUCAUGAAACGUGCUUUUACUUAAAACACGUUUUUGGUGUGUGUAUGAUUGCUGUGUUGCUGUAACAUAAAUAAACCACUGAACACUG